AUAGUCUAUGUUUUUUCUUUUCUUACUGAAGUCAAAAAAACACCAGUCAUCUUCAUCUUCUUCUCUUUUUUAGUCCCUUUUUUUCAUUCAAAUUUAAGUAUUCCUUUUUAACUUCAUUCAUCACCCCGCAAAAAAAACAAUACAAAAAAAACUACUCCACUCUCUCCCCUUUCUCUCUCUACAGCACAUCUGUAUACACACAUACAAUUUUGUCUCACUAUAUAUCUCUCUCUUUCAAAACCAAAAACUCAAGAAUCUACACAAUUCUUACACCCUUUUGCCUGUUCUACAAUACCCACGUUUCAUUUUUCUUUAGUUAAACUUAUAUCAUUCGAUAAAUAUCUGAUAAAGAGUUGUUGUUGUUGUUGUUGGUGUUGGGGGUGGGGGAGGGGGAAAUGAAUCGAAUGUGAUGGGAGGAGGGUUAUCGCAGCUGUUUCCGUGUUUUAACCCGGCUGUGAACCGGGGUGAACCGGAGGUGAUUUUCACCGCCGGUGAACCGCUUGAUGAAACACUUGGACAUUCUUUUUGCUAUGUAAGGUCUUCAGCUCGGUUUGUAUCUCCGACGAAUUCAGAUCGAUUUGUUUCGCCUUCGCAGAGUUUAAGGUUUGAUGAAGUCGGGAGGAGUAGACCGGCCGGUUCAGUUGAAACCGGGUUCCGUGCUAUUUCUGGUGCGGCUGUUAGUGCUAAUAGUUCUACUCCUAGAACUGUCCUUAAACUUGAUGAUUUUUACGAUGAUGCCACUGGGAGUGAUGGUACUGGUACUGGUACUGGUGGUAUCUGUCUUAUGGGUUUUGAUGGAGGUAGUAGUAGCGUUAAGGGUAGUGUUGUAAAUGGCUUUGAAAGUACGUCGUCGUUUAGUGCUUUGCCGCUUCAGCCGGUUCCACGUGGCGGCGGCGGCGGCGGAGGUGGCGGAGGAGGAGAACCGUCCGGUCCAAUGGAGAGAGCUUUCUUCAUGUCCGGUCCGAUCGAGCGUGGAGCACUAUCUGGACCACUUGACGGCGGCUUAGACGGCGGUGGAGGUAACCGGGUUCCGUUUUCAGCUCCAUUAGGUGGCGUUUAUGUAAAAAAGAGGAGGAAGAAGGGCAUUUCGGGAAUUAAAAAAGCGUUUUACAGGAAUUUCUCCGAGAAGAAACGUCCGUGGGUAGUGCCGGUGAGGAACUUUGUUGGCGGCCGGAAGGAUAUUCCGGCGGCGGCGGAGUGCACACAUGAUUCAGAUAUGGGUAGUGAAUCCAAUGUUCAAUGGGCAUUGGGUAAAGCGGGGGAGGAUCGUGUGCAUGUGGUUGUAUCGGAAGAACAUGGAUGGUUAUUUGUUGGAAUUUAUGAUGGAUUUAAUGGCCCUGAUGCUCCCGAGUUCUUGAUGAGUAAUCUAUACAAAGCUAUGUAUAAAGAAUUGGAGGGUUUAUUUUGGGAUAGUGAAGAUACUAGUAACCAAGAAGGGGCGAAUCCAAGUUCAGAAUGCCAAGUAAUUGCUGAGAAUUCGAGUAAUGUGGCAACUAUUAGCGGGGUUGGUGGAGUAGAAGAAGGUGAAAAUGACGUCAGCUUGCAGCAUCAGGUGGAUAGAAGGCCGUCAAAGAAGGUGACGUUUGAAUCAGGGGAGAUAGAAGUUAGGAGGAGGAGAUUAUGGGAAUUUUUAGCGGAAGAGGAAACAGAAGACGGGCUUGAUCUUUCAGGUUCAGAUAGAUUUGCAUUUUCAGUAGAUGAUGCAUUAAGUGUAAAUAAUGCUGGUUCAGCAGUGAAUAGGAGGUCGUUGUUGUUGUCGAAAUUGAAACAUGGAUUGUUAAGUAAGCACAAAGAGAGUAAGAAAUUGUUCCCAUGGAAAUUUGGAUUGGAAGAUAAGGAGAAAGUCGAAGAGGAGGAGAAUAGAGUUGAGGAGGAAAGGACUAGUAAAAAAGAGAGGAGGCGAAAGACGGGUCCAGUUGAUCAUGAGUUGGUUUUGAGGGCAAUGUCCAGGGCUCUUGAAGUUACUGAGUUGGCGUACUUGGAUAUGACAGAUAGAGUACUUGAUCGAUAUCCGGAAGUAGCACUUAUGGGGUCUUGUUUGUUGGUUGCUUUAAUGAGAGACGAAGAUGUGUAUGUAAUGAAUGUAGGAGAUAGUCGUGCUAUUGUGGCAAAAUAUGAGCCUGAGGAGGUUAGUUCUUCUUCGGAAUCCAAAGGUCCACAUGAUGGCGAGUUAACUGAUGAGGGCAUUGUUGAAGAAACCACAAGUGCAUGCAAUGAGGAGAAUAAGGUGACAAAUGAGGCACCUGGUCAGGGUAUGAAGCUGACUGCAUUGCAAUUAUCCACUGAUCACAGCACUAGUAUUGAAGAAGAAGUUAAUAGAAUUAAGAGAGAGCACCCAGAUGACAGCAAUUGCAUUGUCAAUGAUCGAGUAAAAGGUCGUUUGAAGGUCACUCGUGCCUUUGGUGCAGGCUUCCUCAAACAGCCUAAAUUCAAUGAUGUAUUGCUAGAAAUGUUUCGGAAUGUGUACAUUGGCAAUGCUCCUUACAUUUCUUGUACACCUUCAUUGCGCCACCAUAGACUCUGUCCAGGUGAUCAGUUUUUGGUGCUCUCCUCUGAUGGCUUAUACCAAGACUUGAGCAAUGAGGAGGUGGUCUCUCAUGUUGAGAAUUUCAUGGAGAAAUUUCCAGAUGGGGAUCCUGCUCAGCACCUGAUUGAGGAGCUUUUGUUCCGAGCAGCCAAGAAAGCUGGAAUGGAAUUGCAUGAGUUGCUGGAUAUUCCUCAAGGAGACCGCAGGAAGUACCAUGAUGAUGUUACUGUUAUGGUGAUAUCUCUUGAAGGAAGAAUUUGGAAGUCAUCGGGGAAAUACCUCUGAAUUUUUACAACUGGUGGCAUCUGUGCAGCACUGAUGUCCAUGUGUAGUGAUGCUGCAGUUUUGAUCUUGAGUUGUUGAGAUCUUGCGAAAAGUGGGGGGAGCUGGAUGAUCUCCAGUUACUUGAGGAGCCGUGGUGGUAACCUCCCAGAUCCACCCGGAUGGGCGUUCUGAGGAUCAUUUGAAGUCAACAUAAGCACAGUUGUCUGCUUAUCCUCUUUGACAAACAGCCAAAACUAGUGCUAGCUAGAUAUUGGAAAGACUCAGUGAGCAGUUCACUGAAAGUAGAGCUUCUGUAGUUGCAACUGCUCUCUUCGAAAGAACAGAAACAGGAUCUUCUUUUAUUUAUUUUCUUUUGCUAGAUUUUGCAUAGAGGAUAUUUCCAUUCAUUCAAGUUCGUUUUUUCUUUCUUUUCUUCUUUUUUUGUCCCUCCUCGUCUCCAUCUUUUUAGAGCCAAAAGAAGUGCUUGUAAUCAGGUUGGUUGGCUUAGUUAUACAGAGCUUUAGGCGAAAAUCUGUAUUAUGGAGGUGGAUUUCCACCAUUGCGGUUUACAGAAGAGAGAAAUGUUGUUGAUACCAUUGUGUAAAAUUCAUCUUACAAAUGAGGCAAUGGGAAAGAAAACACUUUAGAUA